CCCGAAAGAAUAUUAGCUAUUCCAGACUGGGAAGACGCGCACAACCACCGAUCCUUGGACGAGUUCCUCGUUGAUACCAUCGUGUCGGCUAUGAUUGACUGCUACGAACACAAAGACAUGAGAUACACGAAGCCCAUUUUCGUUCUCGCUCCGAUCGUCGCGCCUCCAGAGAACGGCGAGCCUGCUGUGCACGUGCUGCCUGCUGACUUCGACAACUCACACCCGGAGAAAUACUGGUAUUAUUUUGUGUGUGGACAGCAUAACGCGAGAGCGGCGAUGAUGGUGAAAGACCAUCCCGUGUUUGAUUACUACAACUUCUGUAAAUGGCCGUUCAGACAUAUCUACUUCCCUGACGACGAGUUCGACGGCUACGCCCAUGUCAACUGCGAAGACAACAUGAAGGACAAGAAGAAUCCACCACGCUUGCAGGUUUUGUCUAUGCGGGAUAUUCACAAUAUCUGGAAAAUUAAGGGCAAACCGCGUGUGGUGCUCGGCAAUGCCUCGAAGAAACAAGACGAGGUGCGAAAGUGGGUACGGUUCAUGGCGUUGACAAUGAAGAAGACGCCGUACACGCCUAUCUGGAACCUGUCAAUGGAAGCAAAGAAAAGAACUGAAUGGGCUGAGAAACUUCGAUACUACCUCCCGCUGGCCAUGGCAGAAGACUCCGUCUUCGCUUUGGGGUUGAAGUUCUAUAAGGAGUGGUCGAAGGGGAAACUCCUUGCUUCCGACGGCCGGCGUUGGACUAAAAAGCCGCCCACCCAUGAGGAGGUGGCCAAGCCAGGACUCUCCACUUUGACUGACAGCCAGGGGCUGAAGAAACACGUCUGGUACGUGAAGGUGCACGACCCGUCGUUGAAAAAGGGCAGGGGGAAGCCAAAGAAAGGCGCGGAGGAGAAAACUUUCUACGUCCAAGUUCUAGAGCCGGAUGUCCACUGCUGGAAGGAAUUGGUGGACUUGACGGACCGUGAGAAGAAAAGGUUGUUGAGCGGCGUCUUGAACCUUAACUGGGUUCGGAAAUCGGCAUCGAAGAAGACGCAUCAGUUCGGAAACAGCGUCUGGGAGGAGCCGGAUGUGAUGCACAUCCUUUUCAAAGGCGAGGAUCCUCUGCUACUGACUCACCCGGUGUACGAGGGAGCUGUUGCUGAAGACGACGCCGCCGCUCUCCGGAGGAAACAGAAAGUGACACCCACGGAUGUGGAGGAGAAGUCUUUCAAGUCUUUGACUUUCGCGGACAUCGGAAACCUGACCCAGAGGGGGGCUCUGUACAAGGACGGCGAGCGGAAUCCGAAUCAGUUGUGCAAUCAGCUUCUUUUCUUCUGUGGUGUGGCGGAUGCCGUGCUGUUCUUGGGCAAGCCGCACGCGCAGGUGGUGUGGAGUCUGCUCCAGCAGGGAAGGCACGUUUUGGCCGUGGAUGGGGACACAACGCAGGUCGAAUACACCGUGCAGUAUGUCACCCAUGAAGUGUCGUCCAAGGCUUACCCAUCCGAUUUCCACCAUGUCGUGGUCGAGCCCGUUUAUGACCCGAACAAGGACAUGUUCUUCAAGUUGACUCCGAAGAAAAGGCGUCAGGUCUACUCCUUCCUUUACGGCGAACAACCAAGGUUGAGAUUUGACCCGCAGUACGUGGUGCGGAAGGAAGUCGCCAUUGCGGUCCUCCAGGGCUACCACGGAGCGAGUCGGGCAGGCGCUGUGAGCUUCAUUAAGAGGCUGGAAUAUGUCUUUUUUAACGAGGAUGUUGUCGAUCCGACCGACUUCACUUUGGAUAAGUACAAGCUGGCAUUCGGUGAGGAGGACGACUUCAAUAUCGAGACUGAGAGUUGAGGACGACCUCUUCGAUUUGGACGGGCAAUUGGCCAUCUUCAACGCCCAAGUUUAUGAGUCGCCAUCAGUAUGCAAACCGGGGACAC